AUGUUUGCAAACGAUUCUUCGAGAGAUGAGCGUGAAAACAUCAAAGAAAGUGGUCAAAUAAUUGAAGACAAAUUCAGAAGAGAAUUUCCACAAUUUCAAAGCAUCAAGAUUCAUCCAUUGCUAAUGCGUCCAGCAUGUGAUAUCAACAACUUCGAUCAAUGUGGAGAUAAAAUUUUUGUGAAAAGAUCAGAAGUCUAUGACUUUGGUCUACCUGACUGUACCAAACGAUAUGCUGCAUCAUUCUUCGGUUGGAUUCAAUAUGUUUUAAAAGUACUGGACCGGUAUGAUGUCGCUUCUUAG